AUGGUGUUUCUCACUACUCCCCGUCUUCUCAUUCCCCCACCUUCCCCCCCUUACCCCCCUAUCCCCCCUUUCCCCCCCUUCCCCCCCAUCCCCCCCCUUCCCCCUGUCCCCACCUCCUCCCCCUCAACACCAGCCAGCCAUUUUCCCCUUGCUUACCUGACUCCCUCUCUCCCGCACUCCCUUUUCCCUUCCUUUACUCCCAGCUCUCCCCAUUCCUGCCCGCGGCUCCUUCUCCGCCCCCCAUUCCUCUCUCCCCCUCCUCCCCCUCCCUCCCCACGAUCAGAAAUUAUGUGUGCGCUGCAAUCCUUUGAGGCCCCCCAGAAUAUACCGGUGACCGCCAUUGUCACAGGAGUCAUCUCCCUCAUCCUCGCUAUAGGCUACCUUGCUUUGGUGCAGCUGCUCGACUCCAGAGGGCUGCAGAUGCUGCCUCCCCCACCUGAAGCCUUUGGCCCCUGA